GCCAUGGAGACGGUAUCCAUUGCAAUAGUCAUCGGUCUUGUGUCGAUGUGUGGUGUCAGUGACGUACAUGCUGACACCAAUUUGACAGCUUUCACUGGCCAACCGAGGCUACUAGAGGGAGAGAUCAACGCAUGGAACAAAACAGCUGUUUAUCUUGAGACUAAAAUGAAUAAUACAUUUAGCACUUUGGAUUCAUCACUGAAAGAGAGACUGACUAACACGUUCAUUCCUUCCUUGAUGAAGGCUCUCGUGAAACAAGCGAUUACUGGCAUUCUGAAAGAAGGUUACAUUGAGGAUAUUAUUAGGGGACGUGAUCUGGAUGAAGUCAACAGCCUGAAAGCCAAUGUACACAACACGAAGACACAACUUCAGGCAGUAAAACAACAGUUCAGACAUGUUGAACGAGAAGGAGACACUUUCAAAGAGAGUGUUGUAAAACUAUGUGGCGAGCUGACCGAAGACAUCCAUGGUUUACAGCUGCAGCUGAAUGAGACGGUAGCUGGUCUUUGUGAUGCAAAGAUAGUGAACACUGCUAUAAGACAAGCUGUGAAUACAAGCUGUGUGAAGAUGAACCAAGCUACUGAAAAACUCACCAAUGAUAACAAGUCAUCCAGGGUGGGCUUGCGGGGAAUGCAGCAAAAGUUCAGUGCUGACAUUCAGAGUUUAAACAAUCAAUUAAAUCAGACCAUUAAUGAUCUGCAUGAUUCAAAGCAAAGAAUCACUGGUCUUACAGAGGACAUUAUGGCACUUAAUACAAGCUGUGUGAUGAGAGAAGGGAUUAAAGAGAAUGAUGUUAAUGAAACGUUGCUGUCUACAUCGCCCCCUAUGUUUCCUGGUGCUUCAGGAGCGACUCCAUCACCAGCAGACUUCGAGAACCUCCAUGACGCCAGCGGGGACGUGGACCUGGAGGAGAUGAAGCGGGUACUGUCAUCACCAGCAGACUGCCGCCGUCUCUUUGAUGCCAGCAAGUGGGGAGAGCUGGAGAUGGUAGAGCGGCUCCUGUCUCGAGGCGUCGACGCCAACUGUUGGUUGAGAAAGAGGAGCAGGACACCUGUAAUGACGGCAGCACUGAGGGGACACAGAGACGUGGUUGAGCUCCUUGUGAGUAAAGGUGCAGAUGUGUCACUGGUGGACAAGAACGGUGAAAAUACCUUUCACUUGGCCUGUAGGGAAGAUAAAAGCGAGACGGUGAAGUUUUUGCUGUCUCUGAACGUGGUUGACAUCGACGCCAGCAACAAGCAGGGCCGGACAGCAGGGUACCUGGCGACAUCCAUCACCACUCAGUGUUUGUGCGGACGGUGGAGGUGACGUGACAGUGACGUGGUGUGCCGUUCACGUCGUUGUGUGUUAAUAUGUCUUCAUUUACGUGAAACUGUUUGGUUUGUUGGAGAUAAAUAAAACUUGUAAAAAGUU